AUGACCUGUGAAGGAGAACGGGUGCGACUUACGCAAUGGAAGAUCCCCAAAGCUCUCAGUUUUGUUGUGGAAGAUUCGACCUUUUUCCAAAAAUGGGAUCGAUUACCUUCACCAAAUGAAGUGCAGGCACGUGCUAGGACACAGCAUCAGCAUCUCGCUGGAGGGUAUCCAAAUCAAAACAAAGUUCAUUCGGUGGCGGCACCUUGUGUCCGACCGCCACCUGUCAUUUUCGAAGAAAUGGGCCUGUUCGUUAAGUGGGGAAGCUCUGUUCAAAUAUCCGAAGCUCAGUGCCUAUUUGCCGUCCAUCAAUUCCUCAAAGGCGAUGUUCCUGUGCCUGAAGUGUAUGGUUGGCGCACCGAGGGUAAUGAGGCCUACAUUUACAUGGAGUAUGUAAAUGGGCAAUCGCUUGAGCAAGCAUGGCCCAGCAUGGGAUAUGAGGACAAAGCUGGCAUCUGUCGCGAACUCAGGACAAUCUUUCAGCGUCUACGCCAAGUCGAACAGGACCCAGAGGACCCGUUUGUAGGCAACAUUACGAAGGGACCUCUUUACGACAGAGCAUUUCAUGUGAACUAUAUGCAUGAAGCAGGCCCUUUCGCUACAGUUCACGACUUUCACGAUUGGUUUACCUUUCUUCACCGAAGACCCAUGCCAGAUCCGUACUCAGUUCCAGUGGAACCAUUCCGCCAUGACCUGCCAGACGACUGUGCAAUCAAGUUCACUCAUGGCGACCUGCAUCGCAGUAACAUCAUCGUCACACCCACACGCCCAUACCGUAUCCUGGCGGUUGUUGACUGGGAGCAAUCCGGUUGGCUGCCUGAAUACUGGGAGUCUCGAAAGGCGCAAUAUACCGCUGAUAGAGCUGAGGAAUGGUCCCUCACCUACCUGCCCAUGAUUAUGGAGCAAUUUUCCUGUACUUGGGACCCAUGGGACUACUACACGUCCGCAAUGGGAUGUUGA